ACCCAACGGUAAGGUCACAUGUUUGGUCAUGAGGAAGUAAACAGUGAAUGGGUUAAAGAAAAUCCACGGGACGAUUGCUCCAACAUCACGAGGCUUUCCAACGGUGUAUUCGACCACUGACGCAUAUAAAGGUGUGGCUCCUCUUGUCUGAUGGACUUCUUGGCGGAGAACAACCUGUGUGGCCAGGCCGUCCUCAGGAUAGUUUCCAGGGGAAAUGCUAUCAUUGCUGAGCUUCUACGCCUCUCUGACUUCAUCCCUGCAGUUUUCCGACUCAAGGACAAGAGCGAUCAGCAGAAAUAUGGAGACAUUAUCUGUGACUUCAGCUACUUUAAGGGCCCCGAGUAUUACGAGGGAAAGUUAGAGGCCAAACCUGACCUUCAGGACCUGGAUGAAGAGUUUAGAGAAAACAAUAUUGAGAUUCUUUCCAGAUUCUAUCUGGCUUUUGAGAGCGUCCACAAAUACAUCGUGGAUCUAAAUCGAUACUUGGAUGACCUCCAUGAGGGUGUUUAUAUACAGCAAACACUCGAGACUGUGCUUCUAAAUGAGGAUGGAAAGCAACUACUGUGUGAGGCGCUCUACCUGUACGGUGUUAUGUUGCUUGUUAUCGACCACAAAAUUGAAGGGGACGUUCGCGAAAGGAUGCUGGUCUCCUACUACAGAUACAGCGCGGCAAGGUCUUCAGCUGACUCCAACAUGGACGACAUCUGCAAGCUCCUGCGCAGCACCGGCUUCUCCAGCCAGCCUGGAGCCCGACGGCCUGCCAACUAUCCAGAGAGCUACUUUCGCAGGGUUCCCAUCAGUGCCACAUUCAUCAGUAUGGUCAUCGGAAGACUGCGCUCUGACGACAUCUACAACCAAGUGUCCGCCUACCCUCUACCUGAACAUCGUAGUACGGCGCUGGCUAAUCAGGCAGCCAUGCUGUACGUCUGCCUUUACUUCAGCCCGUCCAUACUGCAAAGCCAGCAGGCCAAGAUGAGAGAGAUCGUGGACAAGUACUUCCCUGACAACUGGGUGAUCAGUAUCUACAUGGGGAUCACCGUCAAUCUGGUGGAGGCUUGGGACCCGUACAAAGCUGCUAAAACUGCUCUCAACUACACGCUGGAUCCUGCCAACAUCAAAGAGCAGGCCAGCCGUUACGGCACGAGCAUGGAGAGCCUUCGGCCGCAGGUGCAACAGCUGCUGAAGGAAGGCUUCCUCAGAGACGAGAUCAUUCUGGAUAACAUUCCCAAAUUGCUUAACUGCCUAAGGGACUGCAAUGUUGCCAUUCGCUGGCUGAUGCUGCAUUCGGCUGAGUCGGCGUAUGACCCAAACAAUAAGAAACUACGGCAGAUCAAAGAGCAAGUGCUGGCUGACUCCAAAUACAAUUCCAAGAGCCUCUUUCAGCUCCUCCUCGAUGCGGCCCAGCUGGAGUUUACCCUCAAGGAGAUGUUCAAGCAGAUGCUGUCAGAGAAACAGAUCAAAUGGGAGAGCUACAAGAAGGAGGGCUCCGAGAGAAUGACCGAACUGGCCGAAGUCUUCUCUGGCGUUAAACCGCUCACAAGGGUGGAAAAGAACGAAAACCUCCAAGCUUGGUUCCGAGAAAUCUCGAAACAGAUCCAAUCGUUGAACUAUGAGGACUCUACAGCUGCCGGUAGGAAGACGGUCCAACUCAUACAGGCUCUUGUUGAGGUUCAGGAGUUCCACCAGUUAGAGUCCAACCUGCAGGUGUGUCAGUUUCUGGCAGACACCAGAAAGUUCCUGCACCAAAUGAUUCGCACCAUCAAUAUCAAGGAAGAGGUCCUCAUCACAAUGCAGAUCGUGGGAGACUUGUCGUACGCUUGGCAGAUCAUCGACAGCUUCACAAGCAUUAUGCAGGAGAGCAUCCGAGUCAGUUCCUCCAUGGUCACUAAACUGCGAGCGACCUUUCUGAAGCUGGCUUCCGCUUUGGAUCUUCCAUUGCUGCGGAUCAACCAAGUCAACAGCGCUGACCUGCUGAGUGUUUCCCAGUUCUACUCGGGAGAAUUGGUCGCCUAUGUCAGAAAGGUACUGCAGAUCAUCCCAGAGAGCAUGUUCACCUCUCUGGCCAAGAUCAUUAAGCUUCAGAUCCACGACAUCAUGGAGGUGCCCACGCGACUGGACAAGGACAAAUUGAAGGACUACUCCCAGCUGGGGGCACGCUAUGAAGUGGCUAAACUCACCCAUGACAUCUCCAUUUUCACUGAGGGGAUCUUGAUGAUGAAGACCACUUUAGUUGGAAUUAUCAAGGUGGAUCCUAAGCAGCUUCUGGAAGAUGGCAUCAGAAAGGAGCUGGUGAAGAGGGUGGCUUAUGCGCUGCACAAGGGCUUGAUUUUCAAUCCUAAGGCUAAGCCGAGCGAGUUGAUGCCCAAGUUAAAAGACAUGGCAGCCACCAUGGACGGAUUCUACAGGUCCUUUGAGUACAUCCAGGACUACGUCAGCAUCUACGGUCUGAAAAUCUGGCAGGAGGAAGUGUCUCGAAUCAUCAAUUACAACGUCGAACAAGAGUGCAACAGUUUCCUCAGGGCUAAGAUCCAGGACUGGCAGAGCGUGUACCAGUCCACUCAUAUCCCCAUCCCGAGGUUUCCAUCCGUGGAUGAGUCCGCCACCUUCAUUGGACGUCUCUGUCGAGAGAUUCUCCGCAUCACAGAUCCCAAGCUAACGUGCUACAUUGAGCAAAUGAACACCUGGUACGACCUGAAGAGCCACCAGGAAGUGACCAACAACAGGCUGUUCUCAGGGAUCCAGAGCUCCUUGGGUACAUUUGGCCUCAAUGGCCUGGACCGCUUGCUGAGCUUCAUGAUUGUCAAGGAGCUGCAGAAUUUCCUGACAAUGAUUCAGAAGACCAUUUUGAAGGACAAAGCUGCAGUCGAGGUCUUGAAAGCCGUCCUGAUCGCUGUCAGUCCGGUUCAGGGCGUUGUAGGGAAUGCCAGCAAAGUGUAUGCCGGCGCUGUCGCCAAAAUCCCCAAAAUCUGGGGGCCGUAUUUAGAGGUCAUCAUGAAGGUUGGUCAAAUGCAAAUUCUUCGGCAGCAAAUUGCCAAUGAGUUGAACUACUCCUGCAAGUUUGACUCCAAACACCUGGCGGCUGCCCUCCAAAACAUUAACAAGUCGCUGCUAGCAGACAUUGAAGCCCACUACCAGGACCCGUCGCUGCCCUACCCCAAAGAGGACAACACUCUCUUGUACGAGAUCACAGCCUAUUUAGAGGCUGCCGGUAUUCACAACCCACUUAAUAAGAUCUACAUCACCACAAAGCGCCUUCCUUUCUUUCCCAUCCUCAACUUCCUGUUUGUGAUAGCACAGCUGCCUAAACUUCAGUACAGCAGAAACCAAGGAAUGACAUGCAGGAAAUCCACCGACCCAGUGGACUGGCCUCCUUUAGUCCUCGGCCUUCUCACGCUCCUCAAGCAGUUUCACUCCAGAUACACAGACCAGUUCUUGGCUCUCAUUGGGCAGUUCAUCCGCUCUAUCAUGGAGCAAUGUACAAGUCAGAAGAUCCCUGACAUGCCCUCUGAUGUGGUGGGAGCGCUCAUGUUCCUGGAAGACUAUGUCAAAUAUACUAAGUUGUCGCGCAAGGUGGCUGAAGCCCAUGUCCCCAGUUUCAUAUUUGAUGAAUUCAGAACUAUACUGUGAAGAUCCAGCCAAAACUACUUUUAUUGCCUUUUGUAUGCACUUCCGUUUUUAUUGUCUUGAAGCACAUGUAAGAUUGUAUUUUGUACAUGCAUAGAUAGAUCAAAUUGCCUUGGAGUUCCUAACAUUACAGCUUAGCAUUUUGUAACAUCACAUGUAAUAGAUUUGCGUGUCAAAUGUGUUGGGUAACGAGGCAAUAGUGUAGGGGGGGGGAA